CAGAAAGUUCUCAUUGUGACACCACAGAAAUUCCGAUGCAACGAAGAAGAAACUGUCAUGAUCAACCCUUUCACUGCUUAUACAAGGACCGCUUUCCGGAUUACUUUGAAACAUUCCAUCCAUGGAAAUAUCAUUUAUGAUAAUACAAUUUAUGCUUCAAAAUCUUCUCCAAGAUAUGUGCAAAUAAUGGUCAAGCUGUCCGACCUCUUAAAUCGUUUGGGAUCAUCCUCCGAUACUGGCGAAGAAGAACAUUCUGUUGUGCUAUCAGUCACUUCAAAAGGGUUUUCUGAGAAAAAAGAGAUUCCAGUCUCAAUGAAGAGUGGCCAUAUUUUCAUCCAAACCUCAAAGCCAAUUUAUAACCCAGGGCAGACAGUUAGAAUUCGGAUUGUCACUCUCAAUGAAGAUAUGUUACCAACAAAAUUUCCAGUAUCAUUUAGUAUCCAAAAUCCAAGCAAGUUGAUUCUAUAUUCGUGCAAAUUCCCAGGUGACAGUCCAUUCAUUAAUGCAUCAUAUGAACUCACACAACAGUCCCCUAUUGGGAACUGGACGGUUUUGGCAGAAUAUUCAAAUGGGCUGAAGACCCGAGCAGAAGUAAAGUUUGCUGUGCAGAAAUACGUGUUACCAGUGUUUGAAGUCACUAUCACUGUACGUCCUCAAUUUAUUCUGAAGAGUACAAGGAAGGUUGUCAUCACAACAAAGGCAAGGUACCUCUAUGGAAAAUAUGUCCAUGGUGAAGUGACACUGAAAUGUCUGUAUGGAUCGAAUGUCACGGACAGAUGUGAAACUAAACGACAGCUAUUGCAAGGGAGAACAACCACUACCGUUACCUUACCACAGGAACCAAUGCUUUUGGGGACAGUUUUCAAGGUUGUUGCUAAUGUUAUAGAGAAAGAUUCGGCAAUCACUGAAACUAAAACGGAUGAGUCAGCGAAAUUUGUUUCGUCCCCAUACAAAUUCGAUUUAACCGAUUCUCAGACUUUCUUCAAGCCUGGACUCCCGUACACAGUCCAAGUCGAGACCCUUUACAUAAAUGGUUCCAAGAUUCCAAGACUACCGUUCUAUAUAGCAUACAAAGCACUUACAAGAUCAAACAACACAGAAUAUUACAAGGCGAAAUAUGAGUCAAGAAACAGUGUGAAGCAGGUUGUUAUCAACACAAUCAAGUUUUGGAGAGAAUUUACUAUUAUAGCCACCAGUGCUGACUACCAUCUCACUAUGGAAGACCAAGCCUCAGAAGAGUGGGAGGUGGCUAGCUACAAGUCCGAGAGUGAUAGCUACUUGCUUCUGUCUUUGAAUGUUCCAGAAAAUGGUUACAAGGUUGGUGAUGAUAUAACGAUGAAAGUUGUAACCUCAAGAAAAUCAUUCAAGACCCCACUUCAUUUCAUGCUUAUUGGAAAUGGCAAAAUCUUGAAACACUACACAAUACCUUAUCGGAAAUCUUACUGGGCAAGUUACUUUUCUGUCACUAAAGACAUGAUUCCUAUCGGAAGGGUUAUUGUCUACUAUAUGAGAAACCAUGAAAUUGUUGCUGACUCUAGAGCAUUUUCUGUGCAAGAUGCUUGUAAAGGACGAGAGUUGAAACUUUCGACAACUUCAAAAGCUAAAUACUAUCAUCCUUUAACAAACGUUGAGAUGGAAGUGAGGGGAGAUCCUGGUGCCUAUGUGGCACUUUCUGCUGUCGACAAUGCUGUAUAUCUUCUUAAUGAUAAGAACAGAAUCACACAAAAAUAUGUCAAAGAAAUGAUGAAACUCUCCAAUGUUGGCUGUUCACCUGGAGGUGGUCUAAACGCAGGACAAGUUUUUUACGAUUCAGGUUUCAAUAUUAUGACUAAAGGUUUGCCUGCAACACCAAAACCAGAACGUAUAAAUAUGCUUUGUGCCUUGAAAAAAAUUCCCAAAGAACCGGUUUUAAAACGAACCAAAAGAUCAGACUUCUGCUGUAUAACUGGGUCUCAGAUGAAGGGAAUCAACUGCACUGAAAGUUGGUUGAACUUCAGGUACCCAAACAAAGAUCAAAACUGUCAGAGAGCCUUCCUUGAUUGUUGUUUACCGAAGGCAACAAUUGGACCGAUAGUCAUAGACAAUGGAACUGACCUCUUUAGAAUUACAAAAGACCGAAAGGAUCGCAUAAAAACUCUGCUGAGUGAAUACUUUCCAGAAUCUGAAUUAUUUACUCAAUACCAACUAAACAAAAGUGGAGUUUAUCGACUUAACUUCACUCUACCAGCCUCUGUGACCAGUUGGCACAUUCAAGCAAUGAGUGUCGCAGACAAAGUCCCGUUCUGUAUGGCCAAACCGAUCAAUAUUGUCACUUUCAAAAAGGUCAUCACAAAAGUCAGCCUUCCUUAUGUGGUGAAAAGAUUGGAACAGAUCCUCGUUAAGGCUGUCGUAUAUAAUUACAAGAAGGAGAUGAUUACUGUGAAAUUGGCAUUCCAUGAAACUAAAGGAAUCUGUUCCCAUGCUGCACCUGGAAAACCCUAUGAAGUUAUCAAAAAGAUUUUACCCCAGAGCCUCGAAGUGUCUCGUCUUGCAAUCAUUCCACUUUGGACUGGCAAUUUCAGCAUCCAUGUCACCGUCACACAGGUUGAUGACAACUUCAGAGAAGAGAUAAGGAAAACUUUAAGAGUUCAAUACGAAGGCAUCAAAGAAACGAAGAGUAUAUCACUCAUGUUGGAUCCAUCUGGAACUUUCUCCAAACAUAGCAGACCCCGAAGACAACUUUCCAAUCAUAUAACAAUACCAAAAAAUGAAAUCUAUGUUUCCCAGAAAACACAGAGCAUCAUCUUAAAUCUUAACCAGCCCCCUGAUGCAAUUGAUGGCUCAGCAAAUGGUGACAUUGUCAUUACAGGAAACCUUCUCGGAUCAAUAAUACAAACUACCCUGAAAGAACCAGAGAAGCUACUGAAGAAGCCUUAUGGUUGUGGAGAGCAGACCAUGAUAUUCCUGGCCCCUUGUGUUUAUGUUCUCAAAUACCUGAACAGUACAAACCAACUGACACCAGAGAUCUUUGAGAAUUCCACCAGAUUCAUCAGAUUAGGUAUACUAAAGGAGCAAGAAUUCCGUAAGAUAGAUGGCUCUUAUGCAGCUUUUGACCGAAACUCUGCCAGCACAUGGCUAACAGCAUUUGUGUUGAAAGUAUUUUGUCAAGCUGCGGAGUUUGAAUAUGUUGACCCUAUGUUAACGAGGACAGCAAUAACAUGGCUCAUCAACAAGCAAAAACCCGAUGGUUCCUUUGUUGAGAAUAAUCCAGUCAUCCAUACAGAAAUGAUGGGUGGCCUCAGUGAACAAGCAAUGACAGCAUUUGUUUUAAUCAGUCUCAUGGAAUGUAAAAGUAUUCACCCAGAAAUAGAAUUUACAAGGACAAAUGAAAUUAUUUUAGCUGCAAAACUACUGGAAAAUCAAAUUGAGAAGAUCACCAAUUCUUAUGAUAUGGCCAUAAUAGCAUAUGCUCUUAGCCUUACAAACAGCCAUAAGAAAUAUCGUGCACGUAUCAAGCUGAGCAACAUGGCAGUAGUUAACCUAGGUAACGACUAUCGCUACUGGACUGUGACUGAGAUCGAUAGUGGCUUUGGCAGAACACUGGAUGCUUUAUACCAUAGUGAAGAAUCUUAUUUGUCCGUUGAAGCCACAGCUUAUGCACUUCUCACAGAACUGCAUUUUGGUAGAAUAGAGGAAAGCACACCUAUUAUCAAAUGGCUGACUGAACAAAGAAGUGAAGCAGGAAUGUUCAAAUCCACACAGGACACUGUGAUGGCAUUACAAGCUUUGGCCAAGUAUGGCAGUAUGACCAAAGUUCCUGACAUCAAUAUGCUGUUCAACCUAACAUCAUCAAAAGCACAUCUUCGUAAACAUUUGACUGUCAACAAAGAAUCUUCUCUGUGGAGCCAGGUUGUCUCAGACGUUCCCAUCAAUGACGAGGUACUGAUUGAAUCUAUGGGGACAGGUUCUGCCCAGAUGGAGUUCAACAUGAACUAUUACCGGCCUCCUUCGAUCUUACACACAUGUCAUUUCAAUAUCAGCUAUGUCAUCAAAAACAUCAACAAAUCCACCAGGAAAUUGAUCAAAAAUGGGUGUCCCCUAUGUGGAGAGUCAUGUCAGACCCGGACUGGGGUCAGAUUAAAUAGUUGGUCCAUAAAAGAUUACUCCAUUUGUAUGACAAUAUAUCUCAGGUACCUUGGUAGAACCAAUCCUGGAAUGGUGGUACUUGAUAUGGAUUUACUAACUGGCUACGACACACCUGAAGAACUUCUAAGACAGCUGGUCUAUGACAAAGUUAUUGCCAAGUAUUACAAACACGAAAGCUCUCGCCUGAUAUUAUAUUUCAAUACGGUACCCUAUUUCAGAAGUUUGAAAAUCAAUCUUCUACUCUUCCGUUCGGUAACUAUAUACAACCACUUAAUGCCGGCUCCUAUCCAUGUUUACUCCUACUACAGAAAGAGUGUGAGUUGUACUAAAUUCUACCAAUUAUCAACUAAAAAGGAAUUGGUAAAUCUUCUCUGCGAUGAAGAAAGAGCAGUGUGCAAGUGUACCCAGAGGGAAUGUAUCACAUGUUAUGAGGACAGAAGCCUGUUGAUGAGCAUCAACAUGAACCUUUUAGAGAAAAAAGCUUGCAUUAAGGACCAAAUCGUAAUGGUGGUCAAUGUAACACAACCAUUCGACAUGGAAGGAAUGGCACGUGGUAGAGUUGUAUCCCUGUUAGCAGGUUACUUGCAAAACCUUGAGAACAGAGAGGUUAUUUUGCAGAGAGGAAUCUGUGACUGUCCCUACCUGGAGAAUGGCCACACAUAUUUGGUUAUGUCAAACAAAUAUGUUAAAUACAAUAAACAAGUGAAUAAAUUUUGGCUCGACAAGACUGGUUUCAUUGCAGAAGAACUUAAUCAAUAUGCAAAGAAAACAAUUCUAGCUUUCAAAACUAAAACCGGAAGUAUUACAAGACAUAAUCUAUGUAAGGUUUAUAGAAAAUAAUCCAUUUGGAACCAGAAAGCAUUUUGAGCUUUAAAGAAUUAUGAAAAAUAAAAUGAAAUUUAAAAAAAAAAAGAUUUUAUGGGAAAUUUUCAUAAAAAGAUAUAUUUCUGCAUAGAGCAUAAAAGAAUGAUAAAUAACCUUCCAGAAAUGGUUCCUCACUUUUUGCAUUUAUUCUAAGUGUAAAGAAUCCAAAUCUAAUGGCGCCAAAAGACUAGUGUCUAUUUUAACCAUAUUCCUUGAAUAAAUUCAUUCCUUAUACUUUUAA